AUGAAGUCCAGUACCUCCGUUCUCUUGACGGCCUUGGCCAUCUCGUCCGUCGUCGACUUUGCCGACGCCCACGGCCGCUUGAUUUCUCCCCCCCAUCGAGGGUACAUUGGCAAACUGCCCAAAUACGCUGUCCAAUUGACGGCCAACCAUAAGGGGUACUUUCAAUUUGGUUUGUGCAAACUGAACGGCAAACACGACAAAGAAACUAACGAGUGCUUUCAAACGCUGGUCCAACCCAAUGGCGACAAGCAAUGGCAAGUGCCCCCAGGCAACGAAGUGUUUACGAUCCAGUCGGUGCUCCCUGCUGGAGUGACCUGCGAAGGUGACUCCCACUGCGUGCUUCGUUGGCACUAUGUCGGGUGGAACAACCCCGGCGUGGACAUCAACGGCCAAGAGCAGUUUUGGAACUGCGCCGAUGUGUACAUCAGCAACACAUGCGGGUCCAACCCGGCUCCGUCCAGCGCCACCCCUUCCACGUCUCCGCGGACAACCUCGGCGGUGCCCACUUCUACUAAAGCCCCUUCCACUCCCCCUCGGACAACGACGGCGACUUCACCGCCGAUAUCUACCCGGUCUCCCAGCACGAACACACCCGUCAACCCCACGCAAGCCCCGGCCCCCGGCCAGUGUGGCUCGUGCGCUAACUGCUACUAUGCUCCUAAUGACUCGUGCUUUGUUGGGUGGACUGCUAGCCAAUGCGCCACAGUACCUCUGUUCAAGUGGUGCGGGGCGGCGGCGGUGAAGGUGCCGUCGCGAGUGUCGGCGGAAGUGUCAACAGAGUUGGUCUCUCUUCAUGGACAGUGUGGGGGUCGCUAUUACACUGGACCGACGCACUGCCACGACGAUGCGCGGUGUGUCGCCUUGGACGAAUACUUUUCCGAAUGUGUGGCCAAGAGCGCUUUGUAGAACGAUUGUAGUAACGUUACUGUAGGCGUGCGUAUGAUGCACGUCAUCUAAAAACUUCCAACUGGCCAAAUCCAGAGUGGAGGUUUUAUUAUUUAACGUACAAUUAAUGUAGUUAAACCCAAAAACCAAAACGUUAAAUACCG